GCUCCAAUUCAUAAAUGGCCGCAAGCUCCCGUCUUCGUCUACUAAACCUUCCUACGUUCUUCCCUAUUCAUCCCAUCUUUAUACUUGCGUAAUUGAGUUUCCUCAGAGAAGCUCAGACCAAAACCAGCAACUUGCUUCAUCAACAAGCUUUAAUACGUCGAUAUAUCAAGCCAGCGGCUGUUUAGUCCAAUUGGAUACCUACUGCUAUAAAACCUUAAUACAAACUUCAAAAUGGUCAAAGUUCUAGCCGUCUUAUACGAUGGAGGUAUCCACGCCCAACAGGUGCCCGACCUACUAGGAACAACCGAGAACGAACUAGGCAUCCGAAAAUGGCUCGAAGACCAAGGCCACACCCUCGUUACAACCUCCGACAAGGAGGGCGAGAACUCCACCUUCGACAAGGAACUCGUAGACGCUGAGAUCAUCAUUACCACCCCCUUCCACCCCGGAUACCUAACUGCCGAGCGUUUAGCCAAGGCUAAGAACCUGAAGCUUGCCAUCACGGCGGGUAUCGGAUCGGACCAUGUGGACCUUAACGCGGCGAACAAGACGAACGGCGGCAUCACGGUUGCCGAGGUGACCGGCUCCAACGUCGUGUCGGUGGCCGAGCACGUGGUGAUGACGAUCCUAGUGCUAGUCCGCAACUUCGUGCCGGCGCACGAGCAGAUCGAGGCCGGCGAGUGGGACGUCGCCGCCGCUGCCAAGAACGAGUACGAUCUCGAGGGCAAGGUCGUCGGUACCGUUGCCGUCGGCCGUAUCGGCGAGCGUGUCCUGCGCCGCCUCAAGGCCUUCGACUGCAAGGAGCUUCUCUACUAUGACUACCAGCCCCUCAAGCCCGAGGUCGAGAAAGAGAUCGGUGCCCGCCGCGUCGACAGCCUCGAGGAGAUGCUUGGCCAGUGCGACGUCGUCACCAUCAACUGCCCUCUGCACGAGAAGACCCGUGGUCUCUUCAACAAGGACCUCAUCGCUAAGAUGAAGCCCGGCUCCUGGUUAGUCAACACAGCCCGUGGCGCCAUCGUCGUCAAGGAGGACGUCGCAGAGGCGCUGAAGUCAGGCCACCUCCGCGGCUAUGGUGGUGACGUGUGGUUCCCCCAGCCUGCGCCUAAGGACCACCCUCUGCGCUACGCCAAGAACCCGUUCGGCGGCGGCAACGCCAUGGUGCCGCACAUGUCGGGAACAUCAAUCGACGCGCAGAUCCGAUACGCCGCCGGCACCAAGGCCAUUCUCGAGUCCUACCUCACCGGCAAGCACGACUACCGUCUCGAGGACCUGAUCGUCAAGGACGGCGACUACGUCACCAAGGCCUACGGCCAACGCAACAAGGCAUAAGCAAAAAGCCAUGACGAAAAAAAUUAUAUUUAAAUUAAAUUAUUCCGAGGUCCCCUCUCUUGUUGAAUUACUAUUUAUUGUAUACGAAAGGAUUGCGCGUGUGUGGAGAGAGGGAUGGGUAGCCGGACGGAAUCCGGCGUCCAGACGAAACGAAAUCUAACUAACUGAAAUGACUAUAACUAAGUGACGAGCGACGCUACUACGGAUAUGAGCCUUUUGAUGCGGGUAAUAUGAUUAAGUAGUGUUUUAGCAUAGCCAUUGUUUUAAAACACGAUCAAGUUUGAAAGUACAUACCUACUAAGUACCUACCUAUUAUACAGCGCAUUAUUCUCUCGUGAUCGUGAUCGUCUCCAAUAGACAAUGGAUUCUCCAGCCACGUCCUGCACCUGAUAUAUCAUAAAGCCCGUUUCCUUUGCGCGACUAUCGCGUGUUAUGUCGUCACAGACGGUUCUAGUGCAUCAUCGACACAAAGAACAUCACCAAACCCCAUUCCGGAUCGCUCACCACGCAAAAAUGUCUCGUAACUCCAAACCAAACAUACCAAGUUCUCAGAAGGAAACAGGUGGGUUGUCGUAGCGUAUAAAUAACCCCCUUUCCAACCUUGAUGGCC